UUAGGGCUCUAGUUUUGUGCGCCUCAACAAGGGGCGCCCUUUCGAAGCGUCAACGGGACUAUGGCGGACUCCACCAUUGAUGAAAUUGCUCAACUACUGGACCAGUGUAAACCGGAAGAGUUGAACGAGAUCUUGGCGUCCAUCGAGAAUUCUGGCACGGCGCCCGCUGCGACGCCGCUGUCCAUCCAGCCGGUACCGCCCAGUGCGCCGCCGCCCAACGCGGGACGACGACCAAAGCCCGGAGUGACGAAAGCACAGGAGCUGAGUGGUGCGGUCAGCAAGGACGAGAUUCGAAAGCUCCUGGAGGAACAUAGUGCUGGAGUGAUCUCUGAAGUCAGGAGGUUGAUUCCAAGCAUUUCCAGCGGAGUUAUGGACACCAUCGAUGUGGCCACUUUGUCACAGGCCUUAGCAGAACGAGACCAAGAAGUGAAAGCCUUGGAGGCACGCUUCGCGGAGCUACAAGCGGAUCUCUCAACAAAGGACAAACGAGUGGCAGAGUUGGGCGGUGAGUUGGACGCGACGCUGCGGGAGGUGCGACACCGUCAGCUGGACCUGGAGUUCCAACAGCUGAAACUCGAGGAGAAGGUGCGCUACAACACCGAGUUGGAGCAGGCGCAGCGCGUGCUGAGCGCCCGUGUCGAGGAGGCUUCGUUGCAAGCGCGCCACGCAGCGCUGGAGGCGGACAUGAAUCGAUAUACUCCCCGUGGUGGUAUGCAUGCGCAAGGAAGCUUGCCCUGGACACUUCGGAAAGGUCGUUUGCCAGCCGUGGGCGAUUUCUCCUCCCCGCGAUGAGUCUUCCGAGUCCGAGGGGCAUGAUGUUGCUGGUUGACUUAUAUGUCUUUGUACAUGUUAUUCAUGUGGAGGUUUCCAAAG